AUGGCAACCCUUCGAGUCGACGAAAUUCAUAAAAUUCUCCGCGAACGUAUUGAACAAUAUAAUAGGAAAGUAGGGAUUGAGAAUAUAGGUCGCGUAGUUCAAGUGGGGGAUGGGAUUGCUCGUAUUAUAGGUCUUGGUGAAAUAAUGUCGGGUGAAUUAGUCCAAUUUGCAGAAGGUACUAGGGGUAUUGCUCUGAAUUUGGAAUCCAAAAAUGUUGGGAUUGUAUUAAUGGGCGAUGGGUUGAUGAUACAAGAGGGCAGUUUUGUAAAAGCAACAGGAAGAAUUGCUCAGAUACCCGUGAGUGAGGCUUACUUGGGUCGUGUUGUAAAUGCUCUGGCUAAACCUAUUGAUGGGAAAGGCGAAAUUAUAGCUUCCGAAUCUCGCUUAAUUGAAUCUCCUGCUCCAAGUAUAAUUUCCAGGCGUUCCGUAUACGAACCUCUUCAAACAGGGCUUAUUGCUAUCGAUUCGAUGAUUCCUAUAGGGCGCGGUCAGCGAGAGUUAAUUAUUGGGGACAGACAGACUGGCAAAACAGCAGUAGCUACAGAUACAAUUCUCAAUCAAAAAGGGCAAGGUGUAAUAUGUGUUUAUGUAGCUAUCGGUCAAAGAGCAUCCUCCGUAGCUCAAGUAGUAACUACUUUCCAUGAGGAGGGGGCCAUGGAAUACACUAUUGUAGUAGCUGAAAUGGCGGAUUCACCUGCUACAUUACAAUACCUCGCUCCUUAUACGGGAGCAGCCCUGGCUGAGUAUUUUAUGUACCGCGAACGGCAUACUUUAAUAAUUUAUGAUGAUCUCUCCAAACAGGCACAAGCUUAUCGCCAAAUGUCCCUUCUAUUAAGAAGACCUCCCGGCCGUGAGGCUUAUCCAGGGGAUGUUUUUUAUUUGCAUUCACGCCUUUUAGAAAGAGCCGCUAAAUUAAAUUCUCUUUUAGGCGAAGGAAGUAUGACCGCUUUACCAAUAGUUGAGACUCAAUCUGGAGACGUUUCCGCCUAUAUUCCUACUAAUGUAAUCUCCAUUACAGAUGGACAAAUAUUCUUAUCGGCGGAUCUAUUCAAUGCCGGAAUUCGACCCGCUAUUAAUGUGGGUAUUUCUGUUUCCAGAGUAGGAUCCGCGGCUCAAAUUAAAGCCAUGAAACAAGUAGCUGGCAAAUCAAAAUUGGAACUAGCUCAAUUCGCAGAGUUACAAGCCUUUGCACAAUUCGCCUCUGCUCUCGAUAAAACAAGUCAGAAUCAAUUGGCAAGGGGUCGACGAUUAAGGGAAUUGCUUAAACAAUCCCAGGCAAAUCCUCUCCCAGUGGAAGAGCAGAUAGCUACUAUUUAUACCGGAACAAGAGGAUAUCUUGAUUCGUUAGAAAUCGAACAGGUAAAUAAAUUUCUGGAUGAGUUACGUAAACACCUAAAAGAUACUAAACCUCAAUUCCAAGAAAUUAUAUCUUCUAGCAAGACAUUCACCGAGCAAGCGGAAAUCCUUUUGAAGGAAGCUAUUCAGGAACAGCUGGAACGGUUUUCCCUUCAGUAA